AUGUUCGACGAGAACAGUAAUGCCGCCGGAACGACGCCAGUAGCUUCAUCGCUUGCCGCCACACCCAAUGCCAAUCUCAUGUCACAAGUUUUCAAUGUGAAAGACAGUCGGUGGUUACAGGUGGAAGUUUGUCGCGAAUUUCUGCGAGGACAAUGCGCACGAUCGGAUCAAGAAUGCAAAUUUGCUCAUCCGCCGCCUAAUGUCGACGUUCAACAAGGACGAGUGACGGCUUGCUACGACAGUAUAAAGGGAAGAUGUACACGAGAGAAUCCAAAAUGCAAGUACCUCCAUCCACCACAGCACAUCAAAGAUCAGUUGUUGAUUAAUGGUAGAAAUCAUUUGGCGCUCAAAAAUUUGCUCUCCGCUCAAAUCAACCAGGGUGGAAAUCAAAUGAUCAACCCAAUGCUGGCACUGCAACAACAAGCAGCUGCAGUCAACUUGCUUCCAAACACUCAAAUGUAUCCACAGUACUACAACGGGAUGAUGUAUCAACAAGUGCUUCCAGACCCAUACGCAGCCGCUGCUCAGCAGCUACAAACUGCCGCAUUGCUUGGCAACGUUGGAGGACUGCUUUCGGCGCAAUCGGCAGCCGCUGCACUUGUCGCCAACUCGUCGACACAGCCACCAACGCCUUCACCGUUGCUUCGGCUUCAGAGGAAACGAGCGCUGGAAGAGGACACAUCGAAUGGCAACGACAGGACGGCGGCAGCUCACACACAACUGCUGUCACUGGCCGCGGGUGCCGUCCCAGUGAAACGACCAGCUCUCGACAAGAACGGAGCCAUGCUCUUCUCGCCAGCCGCUCCACAAACGCCCCAGUUCAAUCCAUAUCUUCUGCAAACACUGCAAGGAUAUGUGCCAACUGUCUCUUGUGAGUACAUGCAGCCACCACCGUUCUAG